UCGAAAGCAUCCUGGUGUUAGCAGCUAGCGUAGCCUCUGACAAUAAAUACAAAGUGAAGUGUAAACGUUUUCAUCAUGGGCGAAUCUUUAAGUGGACUGUAGUGGAGACACGGAAGAUUAGAAACCACCUAAACUGGCCUUUUCCAACAUGGUCUGAUCGCUGGUAUCUGAAGAGGACAGUUGAUAUAGCGAACUAAACAUUAGCCUUAGCCAACGUUCAAACUUUGACGGGCAACAGCAGCGAUUCGCUAGCUAGCGGCUAGUUUGCAAAUUUACUACUACUAGAUCAGCUAGCUAGGUAGCAUGUCUCGUUAUUGUGGAAAUAUGCUAACUAACUAGCCCGGUAGUUGUUUACACGCCGACUAAUAACGCGUUAUUUUAACGUUAAUUUUAACGUUUUCAUCACGUAACGUCAGCCAACUUAAUGUAUAAUGACUAACGCUUCUGUUAAGCGGCUAAUGCUAAAAGCUAACGGUAACUGUGUAAGUUACACUUAAACUGUGACUGACGUACACAGUUAAUCAAAAUCAGUGUUGCUGAGCUUUCUCUGAGCUAAUAGUGAACUAAAGCGACCCGCUAGAAAACACCUGGACCCCGAAUAGCUACACCUCUGUGUUUUCUGAUUGAUUUCGGCCAAUCACAUUAGAUAAAUAAUGCGAAACACCAGGAUGUCAAAGACGUGGGGAUUAACGUUAGGGCAGCAGUAUUGUUUAGAAAACACAGCUGUUCGGUCAUUUCUAUAAUCCUUGUGUUUUUCACAAUGCAGCCACAGUAGAUUUUUUUUAAAUUGCUGAGCGUGUAGUGUGAUAUCCUGUAAAUACAUUUGGGUACCCAGUUGAUCGUGAACAGUCAUAGGCUAUAGUCUACUUUUCUUUAAGUUAUGCCUGGGGACACAUCUGGUAGUAGUGAUGACUCCGAUGCAAAAACAAAUGAAAAGGCCUGUACCGUCAAGCAUCAGAUCACCAAUGCUAACCUCACAGGUCACACUGAGAAGGUUGGCAUGGAGAACUUUGAGCUGCUCAAAGUCUUGGGCACUGGAGCUUACGGAAAAGUGUUUUUGGUCAGGAAGAACAGCGGUCAUGAUGCGGGCCAGCUGUAUGCUAUGAAGGUGUUAAAGAAAGCAGCUAUCGUUCAAAAGGCAAAGACAACAGAACACACCCGCACUGAGAGGCAGGUGCUCGAGCACAUCCGCCAGUCUCCCUUCCUUGUCACGCUCCACUAUGCCUUUCAGACGCAGAGCAAACUACAUCUCAUCCUGGACUAUGUGAGCGGAGGGGAGAUGUUCACUCAUUUGUACCAGCGGGAUCACUUUUCUGAGGAGGCGGUGCGGAUUUAUAUUGGGGAAAUAAUCCUGGCUCUGGAGCACCUGCACAAGCUUGGGAUUGUGUACCGAGACAUCAAAUUGGAAAACAUUCUUCUAGACAGUGAAGGCCAUGUGGUAUUGACAGAUUUUGGCCUCAGCAAAGAGUUUCUGGAAGAAGAGAAGGAAAGGACCUACUCUUUCUGUGGCACCAUAGAGUACAUGGCACCUGAAAUCAUCAGGGGGAAGACAGGACAUGGCAAGUCAGUAGAUUGGUGGAGCCUUGGGAUCCUGAUGUUUGAGCUGCUGACAGGAGCAUCUCCUUUUACCUUGGAGGGAGAGAGGAACUCCCAGAGUGAGGUGUCAAAACGUAUUUUGCGCUGUGAUCCACCAUUCCCCUCCAUGAUUGGACCGACUGCUCAGGACCUGCUGAGGAAAUUGUUGGUGAAAGAUCCCCACAAGAGACUGGGCUCUGGCCCGCGAGGGGCCGAGGACAUCAAAGCACAUUCUUUCUUCAAGGGAUUAAACUGGGCUGAUUUAGCACAGAAGAAGGUUCCAAGUCCCUUCAAACCAGAGCUGAAGAACGAACUGGAUGUGGGAAACUUUGCUGAGGAGUUCACUGGGAUGGAUCCUGUCUACUCUCCGGCUAGCACACCUCCAAGCACUGACCGUCUGUUUCAGGGUUACUCCUUCAUUGCUCCCUCCAUCCUGUUCAAUAAGAACGCGGUCAUGGGAGACUUCGUAGAAAUCCAGACUGGCGCUGAUCGACCAGGUUCAGCUUCUGUCCAACGCAGUGCAAUGUUAGAGGAAUCUCAGUUUUUUCAUCACUAUGAGCUGUGUCUUCAUGGGCCACCCUUAGGUGAGGGUAGUUUCUCCGUGUGCAGGAAGUGCAGACACAAGCAAACUGGCCACGAGUAUGCAGUCAAGAUCGUGAGCCGCAGAAUGGAGGCAAACACGCAGAGGGAGAUUGCUGCUUUAAGGCAAUGUGAGGCUCACCCCAACAUCGUCAAGCUGCAUGAUGUCUAUACUGAUCAGUACCACACAUACUUGGUGAUGGAGCUUCUGCGAGGUGGAGAGUUGCUGGAAAGGAUCAAGAGGAAGAAACUUUUUGGCGAGGCGGAGGCCAGUCAGCUGUUACAGAGCCUGGUCUCAGCGGUCAGCUUCAUGCACGAGGCUGGAGUCGUGCACAGGGACCUCAAACCGGAGAACGUGCUGUUUGCAGAUGAGGGGGAGGACUCUGUGCUGAAAGUAAUAGAUUUUGGAUUUGCCCGCCUGUGCCCUGCAGGCAGCGCCCCCCUGCAGACUCCCUGCUUCACGCUGCAGUACGCUGCGCCUGAACUUUUUGAGAGCGCGGGGUACGACAAGGCCUGUGACCUCUGGAGUCUUGGGGUCAUCCUGUACACCAUGCUGUCGGGCCAGGUGCCGUUUCAGAGUGAGCAACGUGGGAUGACCUCAUCAUACGCUGCUGACAUCAUGCAAAAGAUAAAAGAGGGUGAUUUCUCAUUGGAUGGGGAGGCCUGGAAGGGUGUAUCAGACGAUGCUAAAGAGCUUGUUAAAGGCCUGCUGACAGUAGACCCAGAGAGGCGUCUCAAACUCUCUGAUCUGAAGGAGAACAGCUGGCUGCAGGGUGGAGCCUCCAUGUCCACCACUCCAUUAUGCACUCCAGAUGUGCUAGAGUCCAGUGGGCCAACUGUUCGCACCUAUGUCAACGCUACCUACAAGGCUUUCAACCGCGGUAAGAGAGAGGGCUUCUUUCUGAAAAGUGUCGACAAUGCUCCCCUCGCAAAACGACGGAAGCUGAAGAUGACAAGUACAGGUGUCGAGACCCGAUGGAGUUCGUCCUCUUCCUCCUCCUCUUCAUCCACUUCCUCCUCUGCCUCCGCAACAGCAUCCAAAGCACAGCCAAAACAAACUGUGACCCCAAAGCAGAGCUAGCCUAAAGGGCAGGGGAGGAGAGAGCAGGUGGGAAAUGAAGUGGGAUGCGGCAACACAAAGUCCUCCAGUGGUGAUAGCGUCAGUUGCUUUCAGAAAUCAUACUGACAGACCAAAAGGCUGGUUUAGGUUAGUGUCAAGUUUUCAAUACAAAACUGAAUUCCACAUUUUAACGGUGAAACUCUUCGGUCAUCAUGUCAUAUUUUCCCCAAAAACCAAGCUUUUUUUUUCCUCAAGUGGUUGGAAGAGAAGAUGGUAGAGGUCUAGUUUGGUGUCUUUAAGAUGUAAAGAAAUCAGUGGCCUUCAGACAAAUUAACUCGUGUUCAGUAUUCACACACUAAAAGUUAAAAAUGAGACAUUUACCUGGUUUUACUGUGGGUAAGAAACAGUGCCUGGCUAUAUAGGGAUAAAGGGAAAAAGGAGCCAUAAAUGAGCAGAAGCCAUAUAUACAGCAAAGCAGUGAAUAUGUGAAUUGAGCCAAUGUGAAUACACACAAAUUUGCACAUAGCAAAUAAACAGUCCUUCCAGGAAUCUGCAGACGUAAUUCUUUGAUUGUAUCUAAUUAUUUUUCACUUUGCCUCACGUAUAAUGAUUGGAGGAAAACCGGUAAAGGUUUGGCCACAAGUGCUGUGCCCCACGUAGGCACUCUGUGCUGUAAGAAUAACAGUUUUGUUAAAACUGUUUUUUUUUUUUUUUUUUUUUUAAAUUUAGAUUGGACAAAAAUCUAGCUAUUUGCACGUUUUGCAGAGAAUGUAAAUGAUCAAACGGUUAAAAAAGAAAAAGCUAAUUUCUGGAAGGACUGAGCACAGAGGGAAAUGCUUGUAGUCUGUAUAACCUUAGACAUAGAGCAGGAUAAAUAGUGCUGUAGUCGAAAUCUUCUCUAUUUGAUACAGGUAUAACUGUGUGAUGAUCUGUAGUCCACAGGGCGCCACCUUUGCAAAGGAGUUGCACCUCCAAUACACUACCAACCCUACAGAUCCCACUGAACACAAUGCGGAGCGCGUGUUUUCAUAGAUGACUCUGAGUAAGUGUUUUUUCGAUGAACAAUCAGAGUUUGACUUGAAGUGGUCACAGUACUAACCGACAGUAGCACCUGUAAAAAGAGAUGGAGACACAGAAGCGGUCAUGACAUACAGUGUGAUUUUUUUCUCGUGAUACUUGCUGUAAAUUACUUGCAUUAUUGUGCUGGUCUGAAAAAUGUCUAGCAUGCUAAUCUGUUGUGAUGAUGAACUAAAAGAAUGUUUUUUUCUAUAUUUUGGUAUAUUUGGGCUUACUAAGAAAAUGUCACCCAGAAUGUUUUUUUAUGCUACGAAGUGCAGCUUGAGUGUUUGCACGCAGGCUGGAGUAGAAUCCAUUUAGGUGAUUUUGAGUGUACACUGCCUUGGGCUUGUGAAUUUUAAAAGGGUAUUACAGUUUUGUGUUGGCCCAUCAGACCAGCGGCAUAUGAGGCUACCACAAAAUACGAUCUUAUUUGAUACAGUGAAUUAUUUGUUGCCUGCCGAUGAAGCUCAGCUUGUUGUGACCUGGGCUGUAAAGGCGUCACCGAUUUGUCUUUUUACAGAAGUGGUUUUAAAACAUUGAAUGGCUUUGAAAUUUAAAUUAUGUCGCAGAAUGAGACACUUGGUCUUGACUUUCAAAUGACUCUUUUAAGACCAUCCUGCGAGGUCUGUUGUGUAAAUACUCAUCCUUGAUUCAGAGCAAAAACUGAUGUAAUGAUUUCAGAUUUGUUUUAAUGGUUUAUCAGUCUCCUGAUGUAAUUAUGUUUUUAUUGGACUUUUUUUUUUUGUUUGUUUUAAUGUUGCACAGUCAAUUGAUCAAUUAAACACAUUUCAGCUUUAAAGGUGCUUUUACUGAUAUUUAUUACAUGUAAUUGAUUUUAAUGCUGUGGUAAUGGGAUUAUGAUAAUUUGGCUCCUGUUUUGUACCAGCACCGUGUGUGUGUGUGUGUGUGUGUGUGUGUGAGAGAGAGCAUGAGUGGCACUGGGAGAUUGGAUUUCCUGAUAUCUCUGUACCAGAUGAAGCAUUAUUGCAAGUUACUGUAUUAUUUUCUUGUUGUUCGCCGACUUUGUCUGUUUAAAGGUAACUGGUUGUUUGUGUUUGAACGUAGAAUUUUUACUUAAGAAACUGUGCUUUUAUUGGUGUUGAUAUUCUUUUGAUGUAGUAAAUGAUAUUUUUUCUCUUUCUUUUGCUGAGCAUUACUAUUUUACUGAGAUGCACUGUCACUGAUGUCGUAACUGGGAAUUUAUCUUUUGCACCAAGAUUUUUCGGGUCGGUGCAAAAUAAACAUUACUUUUAAAUAGA